GCUUUGGUUUUUAGUGUUAUGUUGCAUCACAUAUUGUGUUCAGACAGAGUUAAUGAACCCACUCCCACGUCUCCCGUUUCAUCCCGGCAUGACAACCGCGUAAAGAGGAGAUAGAAGCCUUAAAAGGACUUCGCAUUACAUCACAAGCUAAUGCGGCUCCAUGGAUUAGCUUGUUUACAUCCGCAACUGAGUCUUCCGAGCGUCACGGAAACUGCGGUUCACGUUAUAAUGUUUAAUUCUGGUUUGGUCACGAAAUCGUUUUGCCCGAUUCGUAACCAUAUGCAGUUUUGUGGGUGUCUAUUGCAGGUAAUGCAGUGAAAUAGUUUGCAUUUUGAGUUGCACACUUUUAUUUCCGGGGGUGGAAAUGACGUAUGGAGGCGUAUCUACCACGUGGGUUCUACGCUUCGCCUCUGAGCGGGAACGUCAAUUCAUUCCCGCCCAGAAUUUGAGAAGCAGGUCAAAAGAGAUAAGAGUAGCGUUUAAUUUCACUUAGAUAUAUUUGUCUAAGCAAAACGCGUAGUUUGCUUUAGUCGGAAUAAUUUAGUUGGCUUGUUGUCAGGUUUGUAGCGUGAACGCGUUGCCAUCAUGCCCGCCCUGGAUGUUACAGAUGUGUCUCCAUCCAAGAAAGCCAGGACAGAGACAAAGCCUGAGGAGGAAAAACACGUGCUUCGGUUCUCUAAACUUUCGGAGCAUGCCACGACACCUACGCGAGGUUCUGCAAAAGCAGCGGGAUAUGACCUCUACAGUGCCUAUGACUACUCCAUCAUGCCCAUGGAUAAGGCGAUUGUAAAGACAGACAUCCAGAUUGCUGUUCCCCACGGCUGUUACGGCAGAGUUGCACCAAGAUCGGGUCUGGCAGCUAAACACUUUAUUGAUGUUGGCGCUGGUGUUGUUGAUGAAGACUACCGGGGUAAUGUUGGUGUUGUGCUCUUCAACUUUGGCAAGGAAACAUUUGAAGUGAAAAAGGGAGACCGGGUUGCUCAGCUGGUGUGUGAGAAGAUCUGCUACCCAGAUCUGGUGGAGGAAGAGACACUUGAUGAGACUGACCGCGGUGCUGGAGGCUUUGGAUCUACUGGGCGCAACUGAAAGCGGCAAAUGUUACGUUAUUAGCAAUACGUUGUUCAUAUUUGGGUUGUAAAAAUAAGGUUCUGAUAAAGCUGUUUUUUUUUUCAUACU